AUGAGUGAACCACCACGCAUCUUCUCAUGGACCGUUUCAGAGGAUUUGGAGUUCACUCACUUGGAUACCGCUAACGUCACAACCUCCUCUUGCUACUUGUCAGACGAUGGGGACUACGUCUUCAGUGCCGGCGGCCCGGGUGCACGAAUCAAUGCUAUGACUGAUGAUGGCGGGAUUGGGGAACAGGUCAACGAACUGUUCUUUGUUCCCCAGCAAGAUAUCCCGAAUGUGGACAAGACUCGCCAGGCUGUUCUUUACGGUGGAUACGCUUUCGAUGUGAACAUCAACAAGAAGGCAUUUAUCCCUCAUAUUGGCUGGGACGCCAUUUUCAUGUACGACAUUGGCGAAGAUGGAAAAGCGGAUUUGCUCUCCGUCAAUCUGAGUCCCUCGUCAGGAGAUGGACCUCGAAACUCUUACCAGACCGCAGACGGAAAGCUUCUUUACGUUAUAAACGAGCAUAACCUCCGAGGCAGAUAA